CCUCAGUGUGUUUACUGCUCGUACAGUCAGCGGAGCACAGAGACAGAACGCUCCCUCUCUGAAAGCUGUAUUUUGAGUUUCCUGGCGUUCCUCUUGUUGUUUUUGUGCAAGUACUUGCUUACUUUUUUUUCCUCACUAGUAAGCUUGUGUGUGUUUGGUAUUGGCACAUAUAAAGAGUUACAAUCUUCUUUCUUUCAUCCUGUCCCUGUGUGUCUUUCUCUUGGCCCGUUUCUCCCUCUCCUCUCCUCUCCUCUCACUUCUUUCCCAUGCCGCUCUUUUCUGCCUCUCCCUGCCUCUGCCAGUCGUCAGAACCAGUUGAAGGAUCAGGCCCAGCAGGCUCUGGUGUCCCCCGCUCACCUCCCAGAGGAGGCCGAGUGCCUCACGGUGCCCAAGUACAAGAGGGACCUUGUUCAGAAGCUCAAGAUCCUCCGCCAGGAGCUGUCCCAGCAGCAGCCUCAGGCUGGCCACUGCCGCAUCGAGGUGUCCCGCGAGGAGAUCUUCGAGGAGUCGUAUCGCCAGGUGAUGAAGAUGAGGCCGAAGGACCUGUGGAAACGGCUCAUGGUGAAGUUCAGAGGGGAGGAGGGGCUCGAUUACGGAGGAGUGGCCAGGGAGUGGCUCUACCUGCUGUCGCACGAGAUGCUGAACCCGUACUACGGCCUGUUCCAGUACUCCCGCGAUGACAUCUACACGCUGCAGAUAAACCCCGACUCUGCCGUCAACCCUGAGCACUUGUCAUACUUUCACUUUGUUGGCCGUAUCAUGGGGAUGGCGGUGUUCCACGGCCACUACAUCGACGGAGGCUUUACUCUGCCCUUCUACAAACAGCUGCUGGGUAAACCCAUCACCCUGGACGACAUGGAGUCUGUUGACCCUGACCUGCACAACAGCCUCGUGUGGAUCCUGGACAAUGACAUCACAGGUGUGCUGGACCACACCUUCUGCGUGGAGCACAAUGCCUACGGAGAGAUCAUCCAGCAUGAGCUCAAGCCCAACGGCAAGAGCAUCCCCGUCAGCCAGGACACCAAGAAAGAGUACGUGCGGCUCUACGUCAACUGGCGCUUUCUGCGAGGCAUAGAGGCCCAAUUCCUGGCUCUGCAGAAGGGCUUCAAUGAGGUCAUCCCCCAACACCUGCUCAAGGCUUUCGAUGAGAAGGAGCUAGAGCUGAUUGUAUGCGGCCUGGGUAAAAUCGACAUCAACGACUGGAAGUCCAACACGCGGCUCAAGCACUGCACCCCAGAGAGCAACAACGUCAAAUGGUUCUGGAAAGCUGUGGAGUCCUUCGACGAGGAGCGCAGAGCCCGGCUGCUGCAGUUCGUCACCGGCUCCUCCAGAGUUCCCCUGCAAGGCUUCAAGGCCCUCCAAGGUGCUGCUGGCCCUCGACUCUUUACCAUCCACCAGAUUGAUGCCAGCACCAACAACCUGCCCAAAGCCCACACCUGUUUUAACCGGAUCGACAUUCCUCCCUACGAGCAGUACGACAAACUGUACGACAAGUUGCUCACUGCCAUCGAGGAGACGUGCGGCUUCGCUGUAGAGUGAGUCCCGGCAGAGCUCAAGUAACGACCAGAAGCAACAUGAAUUGGCCAUGACGAGCCCCCUGAAAAUCAAUCCACUCCGACAGACGGGGGGGGGGGGGGCCUUCCACAGUUGCUUCACCCAGGGGGACGCCCAUACUUCCCGGGGACAUGUGGCCCAAGCUAAGGGAGGGUGGGCAGAGAGGACCAGAAAAUGUCACCGGACUCUGGUUUUCCUUUUGAGACCCUCCAGCCCUCCUUCACAUCUUCUUUUAUUAUUGAAAAGGAUCUCUUCAGCUGCUAAUAACUCAGACUAUUUACUAACCCGUGGAACUUGCAAAGUCGCUGGCUCUUCCCUUUUUUUUUAAAAUCCAAGUUCAUUUUAGCAUUUAAAAAAUAAAAGAUAGACUGUAUUCCAUGUAGCAAUGCUCCACCUUACCAAGCAGAACACACGGUCGGUGCACUCUGAAACGACAUGAACAAGACUGGUUUGUUUGCUGGAGCACAGGGUCAUUAAAGGUUCCCUCCACCACUUGAAAACACUAAACUUUGAAUCUGACUCGUGCUGUUUGGUGCCUCAGAGUGUUCACGUUGGGGCUAUUGGUAAACGCCCAAGGCUGGAAAACAGGGAUGUGUGCGGAUGACGAGGCAAAGACUAGAGGCUGAAUUAGCCCGAGCCCGACUGUUUACAACCCUCUCCAAAGACGGCAGCGGGGACCUCUGCCCCCGAGUCGCUGCCCAACACGUAGCGCUUCGUUUCCCACAAACCUAUUUCGCACGUUUGACGGCUAGUUUUGUUUAAAAAAAAAGAAGAAAAAUGGGUGAAUACAUGAAUGAAUACCUUGAAAUGUGUUAUUUUUAUAUAACAAGCGGGGGAAUUGAAAAAGAAACAAUACGAUUCUAUAUAAUAUAUAUAAUUUAUUGCUGUUAUAUUCCCCUAUCCAUUGUUUAAGAAAAAAAACAAGAUCUUUUAAAUGUUACGUUUUGCUGUUUAAAUUAUAGAAGACAAUUUGUGAAGACCGAACUAAGCUCGACUGAUUUUUACUUAAGAAUGCUGUGGUUUUAUUUCUCGACACAACCUCUCACACACUGUGCAAAGGAGAGGUGCGUCUUUAAAGGGCAAACACACCUUCAACACACAGUGUCCUCUGAGUGCCGUGAUCAUUUCAGAAUGAAAGAAUCUUUGCUGAUAUCGAGCGAACCCUUUAAAUUCUACUGAUUUCAUUCUGGAGCUACACGUGGUGAGAUGUUCCCCGACUGUUACAGCUUUUUUUUUUUAACACUUUGUCAUUUGUAGCUGGGCUAUAUUAAUGUCACUAGCAUGAAACCUCCCAUCCUUUUUCUAACGGCAUUCUGUUUCAGAAGAGUCCAAAGCUCCAUCGUCGUCUAUUUCAUGCUGCCUCCACUUUGUCGUUGUUCUUGGAAAAAAGAAAAAAUAACCUCUACUACCUUCUCGCCAUGUGGUGCUAAACAGCAUUAACUUUUGUCUGAUAUUGGCAACCUUACUCAUCGACGUACUACUGCUUAAAGUGCACACUGCGCUUCUCGUGCUCACACCCGUUUGUGGCCGCAUACCAUUCCCUAGCAAUCAAGAGCUCCAGCUGGCCACAUCCUCAGGAGACGUCGCAUGUCAGUUUGAAAUGUCCUUCGAUUCGACGACCGACGAGGAACUAAUUCUGACCAUUUGUCUUUCCUGAAUGUUAAAAAAAAAAAAGUCGUAGUUUUAAAUUGUUUUUUGCCCACAGCCGACCAUUAACACACAGUAACCGGUGCAUGAGUCCAUGUGUGCUUUUCUGAAUGAGAUGGAUCCUGUUUAGGCCUGCUACACAGUCCCAUCAGUGAUGUUUCUAUUUAGAGAGAGGGGGGGGGGGGUUGUUUUCUACGAUUUACAAAUGAAAUUCUUGAAUGAUUUCAAAAAAAAAAAAAUGCUGUCUGUCUAGCAAUCUCUAUGACCGUGGACUGUUCUUUUAAAUUUGCAUACACUUAAAGGAAAGAAAAAAGAAACUGUUCAUUGUCAUUUCUUUUGUAUGUGGACAAGUGUAUGCAAAGGAAGGUGUCCUCAGAUGGUGCUUUGUACAGUCAUAAGAUAUUGUUCAUGUAUGUGGAUCAGACGACCUGUAAUUUAUCUUUAACUUAAGUGGGAAAAAUGAAAAGAGGAAUUGCACACGAACAGAAUGAGGUUGCCAUGUGUAUUUAACAGUGACUUUUUUUUUUUUUUUUUUAAGCAGAUAUUCAUUCGCCUUUUAAGUCCAGUGCACAAGUUGAUGGCCCUACUGUCUGUUCCUACACUACACCGCUCUGCAUCGCCCCGUAGCUGCCGCUCAUCAAACAACUUGUUGUUAAACUAGUGACAGUUGAGAGAUGCUGCUCUUGUUUUGUUUUUGUUUUAAUCGCAUGAUCCACUAGCAGGACUAUAUCUCUCAUAGCUGACUGAUACAAUUUGAUGUAUGUUAACACUAUCAUUUUGUAGAGUAUUUUAUUUUUGUGUGUAAUUAGUUCUAAUUAAACUUGCCUUUGUCUAACAAUGUAAGGCCUUGUACAAAUAUAUGUCCUGUGCUUUUGCACCUCUUUGAUUGGCUGUUUCAAAUGUCAUAAAAGCUUCUUUUUCUUUUAGUGCUUCAA